UCGGCAUCAUCAGUAAGUUUUGCCAUUCUUGCACCAAGAUACGAACUCGGCAAAGAGGCAAAACUCACUGAUGAUGCCGGCGAAAUGUUUGAGAAUGUACCAAGCCCACUGUCUGAUGCUGGGAAUCAUGACAACUGCAAUGGCAGACGACUUCGGACUAGGACCACUUUCUGUUUGCCAAGACACAUCGCCUCCGCCUACCGCCUGCCUUUCCUCUGUCCUACUUUUAUCGGGGCUCCGCGCCACAAUAAUCUACAAGGGAGGCGUGAGCACGAAUCUGCUGAUCGGAGCCCGCCUUUAGUUUUUCGUUCGGAUCAGAACCCCUCAUCAGCUCGUCUUGGGCCCAAGUCAGACAACCGAUUAUCGGCCUUUUGGCUAAGGGCCGGCAAGGAUGUUGAUAAAUGCACAAACUUGAAUGGGCAGGGGAAAAUGCGAGCUACAGAAGCUUUUCAAUCUUCCGAAACUUGCAGCUCAGCUCAAAUUAACUGCAUCUGCUCUCUUGUCGACCUCAAAAACGAUCUUCCAGAAGCGGCUAUCAACGAUGAUGUUUUUAUCGUGAACAAGCAUAUUGGCACCCCCGUCGUCGAUGAGAAAGACGUUCACAGUCAACAUAUUCGAAGAGGACUACGAUUUGCGUGGAGUUUAGCGUGUAUCCUGGCCAAAAGCACCAUAUUGUCACAAUCACGGAAACACCAGCAACGUCAGCAUUGUAUGGUGAUACCCUCUUCUGAGUCUCGUACUGCGAUCUUUCAUUGGCUGGCUCGCGUCGCGGCCGAAAGAGUUCUUGCUUCUGAAUCGUCCGCUAGCACUGAUUCUACAGUCGGGUUGCCAUGCUCUCGGACAUUUGUGAAUGUGGCCAAAGAUUACCUGCUGAUGGCUAAGGAGCUUGGUCGCGAGACCACCGAGUGCGUGAUCUACCUUGUUUGCUAA